AUGGCCACGAAUCGGAGUCGCAAAAUAACGGGCUUCCACGAUAUCAAUAAGUUCUUCGGAAGCUUAGAAGAGAAAGGAAAGAAAAAACUAGUUCUUUUCUCUAUCACCCAUAGUGAUCCAGCAGAGUCUAUCCUAGGCAUGAUAAAAGAAAAAGUCAACAAGGGAGACAUCGUUCUAUCCGGGGGCAACAAGAAUCACCCGCGCACGCAGAGAAGACAGAAUAAAUACGCAGAGAUCGGUGCUCAUUGGAUUGGCAUGGGUGUAUCGGGAGGCUAUCAGGCUGCCGGAAUGGUUCAAGUCUUUCACCGGCCGGCGAUGCUAAAGCUUUGGAGAUGGUGA